GUCCGCGGCGCCUCCUCCUAGAGCCGCACCUGGAGGCAGCGCGCGCGUCGAAGAGGCAGCGGCUGGGGAGCGCGGCAGGGCGGCUCCGCCCAGGGCAGCCCGGGCUGGGCCAAGGAGCAAGCUCUCCCUUCUCCAGCUCUCAGUCCCAGUGAUCAAGGCUUCACUGAACUGCACUGGAGCUCCCAGCGGGGGAUCUUGUCCCCUGUCCUGACUUUUGUCCUGCACGUUGGAUCUGGAUUCACGGGUGUCACGAGGAAUUCCUGAUGUUGGGGAUAGCCAAAGGACUCUUAAGACUAAAGUGACACUCAGGAAAUGCUUGUCUCCAGCUGUUGAUGAAUAAUUUCAGAGUACUAUGGAUCAUGCUGAAGAAAAUGAAAUCCUUGCAGCAACCCAGAGGUACUAUGUGGAAAGGCCUAUCUUUAGUCAUCCGGUCCUCCAGGAAAGACUACACACAAAGGACAAGGUUCCUGAUUCCAUUGCGGAUAAGCUGAAACAGGCAUUCACAUGUACUCCUAAAAAAAUAAGAAAUAUCAUUUAUAUGUUUCUACCCAUAACUAAAUGGCUGCCAGCCUACAAAUUCAAGGAAUAUGUGUUGGGUGACUUGGUCUCAGGCAUAAGCACAGGGGUGCUUCAGCUUCCUCAAGGCUUAGCCUUUGCAAUGCUGGCAGCUGUGCCUCCAAUAUUUGGCCUAUACUCUUCAUUUUAUCCUGUUAUCAUGUAUUGUUUUUUUGGAACCUCCAGACACAUAUCCAUAGGUCCUUUUGCUGUUAUUAGCCUGAUGAUUGGUGGUGUGGCUGUUCGAUUAGUACCAGAUGAUAUAGUCAUUCCAGGAGGAGUAAAUGCAACCAAUGGCACAGAGGCCAGAGAUGCCUUGAGAGUGAAAGUCGCCAUGUCUGUGACCUUACUUUCAGGAAUCAUUCAGUUUUGCCUAGGUGUCUGUAGGUUUGGAUUUGUGGCCAUAUAUCUCACAGAGCCUCUGGUCCGUGGGUUUACCACUGCAGCAGCUGUGCAUGUCUUCACCUCCAUGUUAAAAUAUCUGUUUGGAGUUAAAACAAAGCGGUACAGUGGAAUCUUUUCAGUGGUGUAUAGUACAGUUGCUGUGUUGCAGAAUGUUAAAAACCUCAACGUGUGUUCCCUAGGCGUCGGGCUGAUGGUUUUUGGUUUGCUGUUGGGUGGCAAGGAGUUUAAUGAGAGAUUUAAAGAGAAAUUGCCAGCGCCUAUUCCUUUAGAGUUCUUUGCGGUCGUAAUGGGAACUGGCAUUUCAGCUGGGUUUAACUUGAAAGAAUCAUACAAUGUGGAUGUUGUUGGAACACUUCCUCUAGGGCUGCUACCUCCAGCCAAUCCGGACACCAGCCUCUUCCACCUUGUGUACGUAGAUGCCAUUGCCAUAGCCAUCGUUGGAUUUUCAGUGACCAUCUCCAUGGCCAAGACCUUAGCAAAUAAACAUGGCUACCAGGUUGACGGCAAUCAGGAGCUCAUUGCCCUGGGACUGUGCAAUUCCAUUGGCUCACUCUUCCAGACCUUUUCAAUUUCAUGCUCCUUGUCUCGAAGCCUUGUUCAGGAGGGAACCGGUGGGAAGACACAGCUUGCAGGUUGUUUGGCCUCAUUAAUGAUUCUGCUGGUCAUAUUAGCAACUGGAUUCCUCUUUGAAUCAUUGCCCCAGGCUGUGCUGUCGGCCAUUGUGAUUGUCAACCUGAAGGGAAUGUUUAUGCAGUUCUCAGAUCUCCCCUUUUUCUGGAGAACCAGCAAAAUAGAGCUGACCAUCUGGCUCACCACUUUUGUGUCCUCCUUGUUCCUGGGAUUGGACUAUGGUUUGAUCACUGCCGUGAUCAUUGCUCUGCUGACUGUGAUUUACAGAACACAGAGUCCAAGCUACAAAGUCCUUGGACAGCUUCCUGAAACUGAUGUGUAUAUUGAUAUAGACGCAUAUGAGGAGGUGAAAGAAAUUCCUGGAAUAAAAAUAUUUCAAAUAAAUGCACCAAUUUACUAUGCAAAUAGCGACUUGUAUAGCAAUGCAUUAAAACGAAAGACUGGAGUGAACCCAGCAGUCAUCAUGGGAGCAAGGAGAAAGGCCAUGCGGAAGUACGCUAAGGAAGUCGGAAAUACAAAUAUGGCCAACGCGACUGUUGUCAAAGCGGAUGCAGAAGUAGAUGGAGAAGAUGCUACCAAGCCUGAAGAAGAGGAUGGUGAAGUAAAAUAUCCCCCGAUAGUGAUCAAAAGCACAUUUCCUGAGGAAAUGCAAAGAUUUAUGCCCCCAGGGGAUAAUGUCCACACUGUCAUUUUGGAUUUCACUCAAGUCAAUUUUAUUGAUUCUGUUGGAGUGAAAACUCUGGCAGGGAUUGUAAAAGAAUAUGGAGACGUCGGUAUAUAUGUAUACUUAGCAGGAUGCAGUGCACAAGUUGUGAAUGACCUCACUCGGAAUAGAUUUUUUGAAAAUCCUGCCCUAUGGGAGCUGCUGUUCCACAGCAUUCAUGAUGCAGUUUUAGGCAGCCAACUUAGAGAGGCACUUGCUGAACAGGAAACCUCGGCUCCCCCUUCCCAGGAGGACUUGGAGCCCAAUGCCACUCCUGCCACUCCUGAGGCAUAGAUGAGGACCUCACCCUAGGAUGGGGUCAUAAGGCUCUCAUGAAGUUCAUAAUUUACACGUUUUAAAUACUAGACACUAGAUUUUUUUUUCUAAGGGUGAAUACUAGUAGUCGAGGCUUGAUUUGGAGGGUGAAUGAUGCCUAGCGAGAUGUAUUGUACUUGUGUUUUUUUAAUUGAAUACUUCAAAGAUAAAUUGGCCUGUUGCCUGCAUUUAUUAUGGAGAGACAUUUCUGCUACAUUCUAGUAUUAUCUUUAUAAGCUAAGCACUGAAAAAUUUAUUUCAGUCAAGUAUUUUACCUACGAAUAAGAUAUUAAGUAGUGGUUCUUUGUUUUUGUACUUGUUGGUCUACAGAUAAGUAGUGGUUCUUUGUUUUUGUUCUUGUUGGUCUACGGACUGUCUAUAAUCAGUUAUCUAACAGAAGACAGGAACUGCAAUUUUCUAGAAGUUCUUGUUUUAAAAUAAACUUUUAUUUAUUGUAGAAGCAAUAUAAAUGCAUUGAGGAUGUUUUAAAAAAAUAGACAAGCAAAAAUAAGAACUUAAAACAUAUUUCCACCACUCACAGAUUACCACUCUUAAUAUCCUUCCAGAUCUUUUUCCAUACAUAUACAUUUACAUUUUUAACCAAAGUAAGACCACAUCUGUAGUGUUUUAUAACCGAUUUUUCUUUAAUCAACAAUCUCCACUUUCUCAUUCCAACACAUUUUUUACCUUAGACCAUAUUUAAAUUUCCCCAAUUGUCCCUAAAUUUGCAGUUGGUUUGUGCAAACUGACAUUCAUUCUAUGACCUUACAUUGCAACUGGUCAUGUCCUUUAAUGUCCCUUACAUCUAUUUUAAUCUAGCACAGUUCCUUUUUUAUGACACUGACUUGUUAAAGAGACUGGGGCAGUGGUCCUGUAGAAUCCUGACUUGUGAAUUUGCCUAGUUGCUUUUUCAUGGUGUUGUUUAACUUGUUUUUAUAUUGCCUGUACUACCUGCAAUCUUGAAGUUAUAUCUAAAGCCUUUAUAGAUUCAGGUUAAAACAUUUUAUGCUAGAUUAUAUGAUAGAUAAGAUACAUGCUUCAUAUCACAUCACUUCAGAAAACAUGUAAUGUCUAGUUGAUCUACCAUUAACUAAUCUAGUGAUCUGAGCUUGAUUACUGGAUCAGCAUGACAGUCUGAUCCUCCAGUUAGAUUUUUCCCCUUCAUGACUACAUACUUAUCUGUGUGGUAUUCCUUUGGCACUGAAUGAAUUACCAUUUACCCAGGAGUUUUAACACUGGGUGGUAAUUCUUGCCUAAAUCAUUAACUUUGUUAAAGUUUGUGAGUUGGUUGUCUAGUUCUUUCAUUUCUUCUGCGUUUGUUAGUCGGUUGUUCUAUAUGAACUAUAGCUUUCCCUUCUCCACUUGAGCUAUUUGGUCAUCCUUACCUACAGUUCUACUAGAAGGGCAGGUUGAAUGCUUUAUUAUUUUCAUUUAAUUAUGAACUUCAAACUAACUGGUUUAUUAGAUGGUGACAAAUUAGUGGUUUUUUUCUUUUUUUUAGAUUUCCCUUUUCUGGUGUGAUGGUGGUCUUGUGAAUUUUUAUAGUUUUAAUGGGUUUCAAUCCAUUAUGUUCUUUUCGAUGCUCAAAUUGUCACAACUGUGGCCAGUAUAAGUCCUUAGAGGCUUUGUUAUUGUUGCUAAUCAUGAAGUAGCAUUAAAGACCAUGUUUUUAAGAAAACUAACCCCCAGAUAUAACUUAAAUCUUCCUUAGAAGUUCGUAACAGCUAUCAGUUCAUUAUACAUCAAACUCAAUGUUCAGCCUAGGAGUAAGCAUAAUGCUCAUCUUAUUCAUUCCACAGAAACAUGGAAUGUCAAAGGUUGGAGGAGGAUACCUUUAAACCAGUUUGUCACUUUCAGUUGUUUGUAAUUACCAGCUCACCACAAAUCGAAGCACAGGCAUUAGCCAACCUGUCUAAAGCCUCCUCUGCUAAGAGUUCCUGCUGAUAGUGAGUUUGUCUUUUCUUUAAUAUGCUUAUUGACAUCUUGUUAUAGCUUUCAUGAAUAAGAUACUGCCAGGAGAAAGUAGUCAGAUCCCAGUAGAAUUGUUAGCAUGGCCUACUUGCAACCAAAGCCUGUGGUGUAUGUGUUCAUGUUAACUCCUAUCAGGUUUCUCAUUGUCUUUACUAAUUUAAUUCAAAAGAAACUCCUCCUUUUAAUCAAAACUUUAACUAAUUCUAGAGUGAAAUUUAGAUUGGCUUAGUUAUUUCCUUUGCAAUCAUCACAUGAGAUCAGAUACAUCUGCAUUCUGAUACGGACUGCCUUCGGAAAGAGCAUGUAGUUGUAGAACCUCAGCUUACACUAGAAACUUCUGUAAAAGAGCUAAUAUCAUUUCAGCCAUUUAAGUAGAAUUUAAGGAUUUUAAACUAUGUUAUAAAAUACUUCAGCUAGGCGCGGUGGCUCAAGCCUGUAAUCCCAGUACUUUGGGAGGCCAAGGUAGGCGGAUCACAAGGUCAGGAAUUCGAGACCAGCCUGGCCAUCAUGGCGAAACCCUGUCUCUAUUUAAACAUACAAAAGUGAGCUGGGCAUGGUGGCACGCACCUGUAGUCCCAGCUACUCAGGAGGCUGAGGCAGGAGAAUGGAUUGAACCCAGGAGGUGGAGGUUGCAGUGAGCCGAGACCACGCCAUUGCAUUCCAGCCUGGGUGUCAGAGCGAGACUCCGUCUCAAAAAAAAAAAAAAAAAAAAAAAUUAAUUGCACAUUCUUUAGCACCAGCUUUCCACUUAGCAGAUACUGUGGUUGAUAGAUUGAAAGUAGUGUACAGGCCAGGCGCAGUGGCUCGCGCCUGUAAUCUAGCACUUUGGGAGGCCAAGGCAGGCAGAUCACGAGGUCAGGAGAUCGAGAUUAUCCUGGCUAACAUGGUGAAACCCUGUCUCUACUAAAAAUACAAAAAAAUUAGCCAGGCGUGGUGGCGGGCACCUGUAGUCCCAGCUACUUGGGAGGCUGAGGCAGGAGAAUGGUGUGAACCCGGGAGGCAGAGCUUGCAGUGAGCCGAGAUCGCACCACUGCACUCUGGCCUGGGGGACAGAGCGAGACUCCGUCUCAAAAAAAAAUAAAAAUAAAAAUGUAGUGUACAAAAAAAGGUAUUUGUUAUACAUUUGUAUUUAACUUUUCUGUUGAACUUUUAAACUGUUUUGAAUAGAAUUGUUAUGUGUAUUAAAAGCACAAGUCUUAAGGUGGGAAAAUAUAUUUUUAUCACUUUGCUUAGCAUCUGAGAACGAGUGCAUUUCAAAAUACAUUUCAUCGAUAUGUAAAUGUCAAUGUUUUACUCAGAAUUAUUUCAUACAGCGAAAAUUUCCUGACCUUUUUUGUCUUACAGUCUUGUCUCUGCCUUUCAAGGAAAUAAUGUUUAAGCCCACCUGUUCUUUCUGGGCCUUAAUAGCUGCUACUGUAUCUUCUGUUUUUCCACCCUGAUUCAAAUUCAGGUUCAUAUUGUCCUAUCAAAAUGGGCAUAAUCUACAUAAUCUAAGCACUAGCCUUAUUUUAUGGCAAUAUAUGGGAAAGCACUGUUUUGAAGAAGGUCCCAUAAAGAAAAGUCCUUUGACCUUCUGAAAUCCUGUGCAGUAUGACAGUGGUUGAUCUCUAUCUCAUGAAUCGAUGGAAUAUGUUUGAAAACAUUUGUGAACCAGGGCCCAGGAAACUCCAAUCUAUGUCGUAGACACUGACUCUGUAUUAGUAUAUGGCAGCUGAUAAUGGGAUCCCAAUUGCCAAUCUCAUCUGCAGUGGAACCCCAAGAAACUGUUAAGGGUAUGGAUCCUCUUCAAGCCCUGGAAUAGCUCAUUUUGUAGUUUGCAGGAAACAUCUACAACAUCCACUCUGUGUGGUUUGAUCCGUGUCCUUACCUGUUUAGCAGAGAAAGACAGUACCAGCCUCUGAGUAUACACUUUGAGAAAAUGAGUCUGCUCUCUUGUGUGAAUGAAGAACAGAGAGGGUAGCAAACCUAGUGAAUCUGUCCUGGGGUGGGUGGGUGUGUUUUUUUGUGUGUGUUGGGGGGUGGGGGUGUGCCCUUGUGUGGGGAUGAGGGAGGGAAGAGUAGCUGGUGGGGAAGGCUGUAUUAUGUCUGCCCCUUUAAAGAUAGUAAAUCAAUUUAAAUUCUAAAAUGAAACAGAACUUCCUUGGUGUGAGCCUGUAUGCUUUGCUGAGUGCAAAAAAUGCUAUUGGUCCUUUUUAGUGCACCUUACCUUUCAGGAGUGCCUUUAGGAUUCAAGAUGUUUAGAUUCUUACUGUUUUGAAUGCUCAUAAAAGUUUGAGAACUGUAAAAGUAUUACCGAAUUCUUCAAACAUACAGCUAACCAAAAUGCAUGCAAUGGUUUUGAAGCCCCUCCAAUCCCAACAACACAAUGGUAAAAGUUAGCAUCACACCAGGUAACGUGCCUGCUUAGUGACUUAGAUUUUAUCAAGUUUGAGCAUCUUAAAGCUCCACCUGGCCUUUGAGAAAGGCGUAUCAGGCUUUUCAUUGUACUGGUGUAUUGCAUUUCACUUUACGUAACAGAUAAACCUUAGAAACAUCAUGAAAAUUAAGUUUUUAAAUAAAUCUAAUCACAUUUUUAACAUUAAGAAGUUUUUAAACAGGAUUCUACGGUAUAUUUUUCUAAAGUCAUAAAUCCUUUGUAUUCUAACUUAUCAGCACCCUGACACAUGUAUAUAUAUAUGUGCAUCUACACACAUGUAUAUAGACACAUCUAUUUUAGGUGGAGGAAGUUACUGGUAAAUGUCUGUUUCAUCUUUUUAAGUAGAGUACAAACAUGCUGACCUAGGCAAUGUUGAUGCUACCUGCAUAAAUAUGCCUUGACAGAAACACCCAAAUUUUUAAAGUAGUUGAUUUUAUAUUUGAUGUG